GUGGAGGAACCGGGUCCCCGGCGCAGCUGUCCCAGUUGUCCGCGCGCCUGCCCGCCGGCCCCCGGAGCCCAGCCAUGUCCUGCUACAUCUACCAGCUGCCCGCCUGGGUGCUGGACGACCUGUGCCGCAACAUGGACACGCUCAGCGAGUGGGACUGGAUGCAGUUCGUUUCAAGCCCGCCAUUUCUGUACACUAUUCCAUCCCCGACCGAGGGCGCGCGAAAAGAGCACGCACGCUUGCGGGGACGCGCACGCACGCACGCUCAGCUCCGCCCCGUGAGGCCCGCAAAUCCCGAGGCGGCGAGGCUCGGGUUGUCUGGGCUGCGGGAGGUGAUGCCCCGGAAGGCAGGGAACGUGGAAGAGGCUGAGGCAGGUGCGGAGGAGGUGGGCGCCGAGGAGGUGGGCCCUGAAGAGUACGGCGGGGAGGAGUCGGGCGCCGAGGAGUCCGGCCCGGAAGAGUCUGACCCAGAGGAGCCGGGCGCCGAGGAGGAGAUGGAGGCCGGGCAGCCGCGGCCGGUGCUGCGCUCAGUGAACUCCUGUGAGCCGUCGCAGGUCAUCUUCUGCAACCGCAGCCCGCGCGUCGUGCUGCCGGUGUGGCUCAACUUCGACGGCGAGCCGCAGCCCUACCCGACGCUGCCGCCCGGCACGGGCCGCCGCAUCCACAGCUACCGAGGUCACCUUUGGCUCUUCCGAGAUGCAGGGACAUAUGAUGGGCUUCUGGUUAACCAGACUGAGCUGUUUGUGCCAUCUCUCAAUGUUGAUGGACAGCCUAUUUUUGCCAACAUCACACUGCCAGUGUAUACUCUGAAAGAGCGGUGCCUCCAGGUUGUCCGAAGCCUAGUCAAGCCUGAGAAUUACAGGAGACUGGACAUCGUGAGAUCACUCUAUGAAGAUCUGGAAGACCACCCGAAUUCCCAGGACUUUAGCACCUCCCUUCCUAAGCAGGAAACACUUGUAAGCCGGGCUGAAGAUAGCCUUUUCUGGAGUGAGGCAGACGUGGUCCAGGCAACUGAUAACUUCAACCAAAACCACAAAAUCAGUGAGGGGACCUUUGCUGACAUCUACAAAGGGCAAAGGCACGGCACGCCAUUCGUCUUCAAGAAACUCAGAGAGGUGGCCUACUCAGGUCCAGGACUGGUCGAAAAAUUCUUCCAGGCAGAGGUACAAAUUUGUCAUAGAUGCUGCCACCCCAACGUCUUACCUCUGCUGGGCUUCUGCACUGGAAAUCAGUUUUACAGCUUGAUCUACCCAUACAUGGCAAAUGGUUCUUUACAGGACAGACUCCAGGGUCAGGGAGGCGCAGACCCCCUCCUCUGGCCCCAGCGUGCCGGCAUCUGUUCUGGGCUGCUCCAAGCUGUGGGGCAUCUGCACGGCUUGGAGAUCAUCCACGGCAACGUCAAGAGCUCCAAUGUUUUGCUAGACCAGAACUUCACCCCCAAGCUGGCUCAUCCAAUGGCUCACCUGUGUCCUAACAACAAGAGGUCAAAAUAUACCAUGAUGAAGACUCACCUUUUCCAGGCCUCUGCCGCAUAUCUGCCGGAAGAUUUCAUCAGGGUGGGGCAGCUGACAAAACGAGUGGACAUCUUCAGCUGUGGAAUCGUGCUAGCUGAGGUCCUCACUGGCAUCCCUGCAAUGGAUAACAACCGAAGCCCCGUUUACCUGAAGGAUUUACUCCUCAGUGCAAUCCCCAGCAGCAGGACCUCGCUGUGCGGCAGGAAGACGGGCGUGGAAACGGUGAUGGCUAAGGAGAUCUGCCGGAAGUACCUAGAGAAGGGAGCCGGGCGGCUGCUGGACAACUGCGCCGAGGCCUUGGCCAUGGCCGCCUGCCUCUGCCUGAGGAGGCGGAACGCCAGCUUGGCUGAGGUGUGUGGCUCUGUAGCGGCUGUGGAAAAGCAGCUCAGAGGUCAGGAGACAUUGCUCCCUUUGAGUGGGCUUUCUGAGGGCACAGGCUCUUCCUCCAACACCCCAGAAGAAACAGACGACGUGGACAAUUCCAGCCUCGAGGCCUCCUCCUCCAUGAGGGUAGCACCUGGGGCUGGGGCUACCGCCUCACUCCCUUCAACAGAGGAUGGAGAAGGCAGGCUGCAGGUCUGUGCGGGAGUGCAGGCAGACUCCUUCUCUGCGGCCUCUGCCAGGCCGGAGCCUCCCCAGGAUGCUACAGAGACUUCGUGGAGAAUCGAGAUCAAUGAGGCCAAAAAGAAACUGAUGGAGAAUAUCGUGUUCUACAAAGAAGGGAAACUGGACAGCAUUGAGCUUUUUGGCCCCUGAUAA